AUGUCCCGCAGCUGCUUUUUGGCCCUGACGGUCGUAUUCUUGGCUGUCCAAGGGCUGCCGAGACAAACAACUCAGCAGCCAACGGCUGACGAAGAGGAGGAGCUGAUGGCGCGGCGUGAAGAGACGACGACCGUGGCGACAACGACAACGACGAUGACGACAACGACAACUACUGCCGCGACGACGAGAAGAGCUUUUACGCCGAUCACCUUUGUGCCGACAGCGGCGCGAAAUAAUUGCCGCUGCAAAGAUGUCACGCAUCUCGAUAAACCUCGUCAGCUCGCGGCUCCCGGCCUGGCAAAUCCAGCCACCCCAGCGGCAGCCACGACGAAUUGUUUCAACCCCUACAGCUUUCUGUUCGCCUGCGUUUCCUCCCAGGCCGGCGUCCGCGUCACGUCAAUUUUCUACGAUGUGGACAACCAAUUCGCCUUCAACGUCACGCACUGCUCGACCGUCGACCCGAACGUCGGUAGCGAGUACCGGCUGCCCUGCGUGCGUAUGGUGGAUGGCCCGGAUGCGUAUUUCGUCAGCCCCGAUUACAAGCACACUGUGCUGUCCUUCGCCUGCGAGUACGUCGGCGACUCGACGUGCCCG